CGGGCAGAUAAGAAAUUAAUGUGCAAUAAAAUAAUACAAAUUUUAUCAAUUGGGUGUCCUACUGAGUCGGCACUAUGACAAUAUUGUGACGUAGUCGAGCGCUGGGGCUAUUCUGGCUCACCCGAUCAAUACUAUUAUCACGGUAUAGCUGUGUAGGUGUUUACAUGCGCCUAGUAUACGCAUAGCGCCGCUUGAAUGAGGUUGUCGCGAGUGAUAACGCGUAAAUUCCACUGUGAACCAAUAUAAAAAGAGGAGGAAAUGUAAAGAAAAAAAUGCCGCUGCCUGAACUCAUCAGAAGGGCGUCGAGCUAUUUCCUCGGCUUGGAGUUCGAGGACAACGAGGAACUGCCAGAUUAUGUGGAUAAUGAAAUUUUGUUUUGCAAGAAUAAUGUGUGUGUACAUCCUCCGACAAUCGCGAGGCAUGAGUUGGACAUAGUUCACCAUCCUGGCUACCUCACAGUCACUACGAAAGUGUUCACCGACCAGCACAAUAACGCUAAACGGCCUACACUUUUCCUCAACUGGAUACCGAAUUCCACACUACGUAAAUGUCCUUCAGCUGUCGAGACGAGCCCUAGCGACGAACUAGGUCCUGGCCCAAUAAAACAGGCCAGCAUUAAAACGAAACUGAAACCAACCACCGAAUCCAAAAGGACCGCAAAAGAUUUUAACAACGAAACUGCAUUUUCCGACUCAUCUGAAACGAAUAGCCUCAAUUCUAACUCCGAUAAACAAAGCAUAAAAUCAGCCGAUCGGUACAUUAUACCAAACGACAUUACACAAGACGAAUUGUCAUCCAGUUCAAAACCUUCUGUGAAGUCGGUGGAUUCCUGUAAAGACAAUGUUUUUAAUUGUUUCGAAAAAGAUGAUACGAAAGAUAACGUGUUUAUGUACGAUAAACAUGUGCGUUCACAAUCGAUGACGUCUGUAAAUAUAACUAUAGCGAACCCUAACAUAGAGAACGUGGAUUUGACCCCGGACUCUUUGUCGGGUGACAAAUUUAUAAGGUCGGUGUCUAUGAGUUCUUGCGAUGAGGGUAACCCAAAUUGGAUGAGCACUCCUGAAUUUUUAGCUCUCAAACACAACUUAGUAUUCCCUGACAGCGUUCAAAGCUCGCCGGUACCUCAAAGAAGAGCUCCGAUGAAAUGUCGUAGGUUUUCAGUGGACCUCAGUCAGAUGCGAUCGCUGCGGUUGUUCUUCAACGACGACGACUGCACGUGCGGCCAACUCGUGGUGGCUUCCAGGGAGUCGCAGUACAAGAUCUUGCACUUCCACCACGGCGGACUAGACCACUUGGCGCAGGUGCUACACAGGUGGCAUUCCUUGCUGCACAAUAUCAAGCUUACGCCAGGGUCCGAAGAACCGAACCUUCCAUACCGUCAUUUCAUGGUAUGCCGUCCCGAAGUGCAGAAAUCAGAACAGCACCCCGAAGAAGGUAAAGUGCCGAAAAUAUCCCCCGAGCUGUUUUAUGGAAAACUGAUGAACAGUAAGGGCGUUAUCGAAGACGACUUGUUCCUAAGGAAAUGCAUAUUCUUCGGGGGUCUCGACAAAGAGCUCAGACGAGAAGUUUGGCCUUUUCUCCUCCAUUGCUACCCAUACAAUUCUACUUACGACGAAAGAGAGAUAAUUCUACAAAUAAGGACUAGAGAAUACGAGGAAAUUACAAAGAGAAGGUUGGAAAAGAUGACGCCUGAACAACACGCUAUAUUUUGGAGGACCGUGCAAUGCGUCAUUGAGAAAGAUGUGGUGAGAACGGAUAGAGGGAAUCCAUUCUUUGCUGGUGACAACAAUUACAAUAUUGAAAUAAUGAAGAAUAUUUUGUUGAAUUAUGCUGUUUAUAAUCCAGUGUUAGGGUACACACAAGGAAUGAGUGAUUUGCUGGCACCUGUUCUUUGCGAAAUAAAAUGUGAGGCUGAGACCUUCUGGUGCUUCGUCGGUCUGAUGCAGAGAGCAAUAUUUGUUUGUACACCAACUGACAACGAUAUGGACAAUAAUCUUAGUUACCUCCGAGAGCUCAUCAGAAUAAUGUUACCACAUUUCUAUAAGCACUUAGAGAAGCAUGUGGAUGCUAUGGAACUCCUCUUUUGUCAUCGGUGGAUAUUACUGUGUUUCAAGCGCGAGUUCACCGAGGCAGUCGCGCUGCGCAUGUGGGAGGCGUGCUGGGCCAACUACCAGACGGACUACUUCCAUCUGUUCCUAUGCCUCGCCAUCAUCGCGGUUUACGCUGAUGACGUCAUCGCGCAAGGCCUCAACACCGAUGAGAUGUUGCUGCACUUCAGUUCCUUAGCAAUGUACAUGGACGGCAGGCUGAUACUCCGUAAAGCACGCGGUCUUCUGUACCAGUUCAGACAACUAGUGCGUAUUCCUUGUACGCUAGCAGGAAUGUGUCAGCGCUGCGGACCCGGUAUCUGGGACUCUACCCACAGACCUAGUAUCGAAUGCACCGGGGCGCACGACGUUUGCGAAUAUGCUGCGCGUUAACACUACGCUACUUCACAUGUUGAUUUGACUUAACAAGUAAUAAAGAAGAAUAUUGGACUACCAGAUGGAGGGAGGGCUUUCACUCCUAAGUUGCUGAUAUUCUGCAGACCUGUAGGGCUAUUCGCUAACGGUUUUUGACAGAUGGAAGUGAUACUCACAGAGCUAUUUAUUGAUCUACUACUGCUUUCUUAUAACGCAAUUAUGAUACUUGUAACGAAAAGUAUCGAUGGAUAUGCAAUUUUCUCUUUAGUUAUACACUGUAAAUUUCACAAAAGUUUGCGUUUAGGCAACUGUACAAAGCUCUCUGCUUCCAUAAACCUCCUCGCCCAGUGUGAAGUGUUAACUUACGAAAUCCCAAUAAUAUUUAUAAUAAUCCAACGUACACACACGACUACAUUGGAAGACCUCCCUGUGUCGGUUUUUUCUUACUGUUAUAUGUAACUUGGGUGUCUUUAAGAAGAGAGUAAAGAGGCAUUUACUGUCUGUGCGUGGACCACUUUAUAGUAUCCAGUCUCGAUUUCAAUAAAACAAACAUCGAUAAGGCGAAUGCGCAUACAGUUUUAAGUCGCGGCAUGAAACUCUAGCACUGACCGUUAUUGUGCAGAAAUAAAAAUUAAGAUGUCUUGGGUGGAGACAAGGUGCGCGGGUGGGCGUACGUUGCGCCGAUUGGCUCUCCAGUCGUACCCAUGCGCAGCUAUCCCCUCCACGUUUUGUUCAGCGCUAGAGUUACGUGCCGCGACCUGUACCGAUAAGAAAAUCAGAUGGUGAUGUGCUAACUCUCCCGUGCAGAUGGUAGAAAUUUAUCAACGAAUGGCACGGUUUCCGAGACUACUGUAGACAAUAGGCUGGUAAAUGAACCAAAGCAAUAUAAAAUGUAGCUUACCUAUAUCUAUAUGAGAGAAGGAAGGAGGCACAUAUUUUUUGGUUAAUUGAUAUCGCACCGUUGAGGUUUUACAAUAUAGUGUGGAGCUAGGUUUAAGUUUGUAAAUGCCGGAAAACACAAAAAAUAUUAAGUUAACUAACAAAAAAGGUUAAGGGCUAGCUGGCCGGCAGACAAAGAAGUUGAUCUAUAUUUACUAAAUAGGUUUUCUCCUUAUACCCUCAGAUCUAAUAACGAAUUGAAGACUUAGGGAGGUACUUAUCUACAUAUCGAAAUUAUUCGGUAAAAUUGAUGGUGAAAUUUAUCAAUUGGAUGUUUUGAGAUCAACAUAUAUUAUGGUACCUUAUGUUGAUUUAUAAGAAUUUUAAUUUUGUUCGAUAUUUGCACAGACACGACUGUUAACAUUCAAUGACUUGUAAGUAAAGAGGCGAUAAAAAAAUCACAAAUUCAAAGUAAAAUCGUCCUGAAUGUAUACUGAAUUAAAUUAUCUUUAGUAUUAAUUUACAUUGGUUAAUGAGUAGGUAUUAAUUUACAUUUAUUCUUACUGUUACGGAACUAAAUAUAGCUUUGUGCUAUAUGAGUAGGUUAAGAAGUCCACAGAGGACCGCUUUGUUAUUAAAGAUGCUUGUUCCAAUUGAUUUUUACUAUUGUUCUAUCUUGGACAAAAGAGCCAUAUCAUUUCGUUGGUUCAUUCGUAUCGUCAUUGUAUCCAUGGUCCAUGGUAUCGUUCCUAUCAGCUGUGCUAUUACGUAGACUCACAAAAUUUUCACGCGCGGAUCUAUAUCGGAUUUUGUGUCUUUACAGAAUAGCACUGCCGUAGGUUGAAGCUACACCGCAUUCACAAAUAAUACCGUUUAAUAUUUUAGUAGUAAGGCAAAUAUAAGAUAAUUAUUUAAUGUUGAAACAUUUUAAAAUAAAUCUAAUGGAAUAUCAUAAUAUUUACAACGUUGAACUUGCAAAAAUUACUUCCACUGUUAAAUCAAACAAGAUUACAAGAUAUCCACGCGAACCAGGCAUCAGACAGGAUUUUCUUUAGAUUUAUAAAACCAGCAGUUAAAUGCUUAAAUAAAAAAAAGUAACAUAGGUAAUCGAAUUGUGGUUUGUGCAAUACGGCAAAAUAUCAAAGCAGAUCAAUUAUAUUUUAGAGUCAUUAAGCGUUAAAAUUGUUUUGAUGAAAUUGAAUUGUAAUAAACGUGGGCUCUAGAAUCCUAGAAUAGAUGAUUGGUGACCCAUCGUAUGACCGGCCAUUGCAAAAGUUACUUUACCUCCACGAACACUGACCGAACGCGCUAACCUCUGCGUGUUUGAGGUCUUACAUGGCAUCGAACAAUAUUACAAUAAUGUACAUAUUAUUAUAAUUGAAUUUAUUUUUUGUCUUUGUGUUUGAAUAACACUGGUCUUUUGGAUAUAUUGAGUAAGACUGAUACUACAUUCCAAGAACUUGAAAACAGGACACAGAAUUUUUGUGAAGUUGACGGUUUAUAUCCAUCAGGUAAUUGGCGAUAAAUCGUUUAAACUAGAGCCCAAUAUUGGGUGAAAAUCUGUAUACAUUUUUGUGAUUCAGAGCGAGCGAUUUACGUCUGUUGCAUGGUUGUUUUUAUUUCCAACGUGUGUUUUUAUUGAAUUUUGGCUGAACUUGGCUGACCGAAAUUGAUUAGUCAUUGGAUUGGCAUCUAUUCAUGAAAGUAUUGUUUAGAAUAAAUAUACAUUGUUAUUAAAUUAAAAUGGUUACAUACAUUCGAUACGCAGAGUACUUUUAUCCCAAGAUGAUGUAAACAGGGACAUAUCAAUGUUGAAAUGUGUUCUUAUAAAAUCUUAAAUAUUGUGUCACGGUUGUUUACAAAUUUCGUAUCGUUGUUGAAACAAAGUAAAUCGGACCUAAUUGUGUGUUAGUUAUAUGGCGUAUUGGAGUUUAA